CAUCGCCGCCACCACCACCGCCGCCGCCAUGGGGUCCCAGCUGAGCACGUUGGGCCACGUGGUGCUGUCCCCCGUCUGGUUCCUCUACAGCCUGUUCAUGAAGCUUUUCCAGCGCUCCUUGCCUGCCAUCACCCUUGAGAGCCCAGACAUCAAGUACCCGCUGCGGCUGGUUGACAAGGAGAUCAUCAGCCAUGACACGCGACGCUUCCGCUUUGCCCUGCCUUCACCCCAGCACAUCCUGGGCCUCCCCAUUGGCCAGCACAUCUACCUCUCGACGCGAAUCGACGGGAACCUGGUCAUCCGGCCCUACACCCCUGUCUCUAGCGAUGAUGACAAAGGCUUUGUGGAUCUGGUUAUCAAGGUUUACUUCAAGGACACCCAUCCAAAGUUUCCCGCCGGAGGAAAGAUGACCCAGUACCUGGAAAACAUGCAGAUUGGAGACACCAUUGAAUUCCGGGGCCCCAACGGGCUGCUGGUCUACCAGGGCAAAGGGAAAUUCGCCAUCCGCCCCGACAAGAAGUCCAGCCCUGUGGUCAAGACAGUGAAGUCUGUGGGCAUGAUCGCAGGAGGGACAGGAAUCACCCCGAUGCUGCAGGUGAUCCGCGCUGUCAUGAAGGACCCAGAUGACCACACCAUGUGCUACUUGCUCUUCGCCAAUCAGACUGAGAAGGACAUUUUGCUUCGGCCUGAGCUAGAGGAACUGAGGAAUGAACAUUCCACUCGCUUCAAGCUGUGGUACACAGUGGACAAGGCCCCAGAAGCCUGGGACUACAGCCAGGGCUUCGUGAACGAGGAGAUGAUCCGAGACCACCUCCCGCCCCCCGGAGAGGACACGCUGAUACUGAUGUGUGGACCCCCGCCCAUGAUCCAGUUCGCCUGCCUGCCCAAUCUGGAGCGUGUGGGCCACUCCAAGGAGCACUGCUUCGCUUUCUGAUGGCCGCCACAGCCACUUUCCCACCUCCUGCCCAGGCAUUCACCGUGCCCAUUCGCUCGCUCCCUCCCUCCCAUUGUCUUUCAUCCCUCGUAUGUCCACAUCCCGCCCUAGGGCCUGGGUCCAGCCUGGCCUGCCCAGCCCUGGUCAUCCAGCUACAUUGGCCCCUGAGGGGUCCCUUUGGGAACAGGGCUCUGUGUCAGGUGGCCACCUUCAGUAUAGGCUCCUGUCUGAAACUAAGUGACCAUUACCAGAGAUGUCCGUGACUGUCCCCUACACGCACGCACGCGCACACACACACACAUAUACAUACACACACAUCCCAACACUAUCCAUCUGUCCACAUGGACCUCCACUUACAGAAACCAAUAGAAGGGCUGCACGGAACCACUGCCCCGGGACCUCUGGCUGCCACCCUGACCUCUGCCCCGACACUACAUGAGAUGGUAAUACCCAGAGGUCCUUAGAGGAGCAGCUGGGGGUGACAGGUCACCCAAAUUGCUGUCCAAAGGCCUCUGGAGUAGCAUAUGGGCCCUUCUGAAACUCCAUUAUCUCCCCAAACCCCUUGGGCAUCCCAACCAAGUUGUUAGCCCAGCAGAGUGCAGUGGACCUGGGGGCUGGGCUUGGUCUGAAGCCCUGAUGCAGAACGUGGCCACUGGUCUUGAUCCCUCCAACGCAAACCUCCCUGCCGCCAGCCUGGGGGAGGUCCAAGCAGCGCCUCUUGUCAGAAAGACCCGGCGGGGGCUGGAGAGAUGGCUUAGCAGUUAAGCACUUGCCUGUGAAGCCUAAGGACCCCGGUUCGAGGCUCGGUUCCCCAGGUCCCACGUUAGCCAGAUGCACAAGGGGGCGCACGCGUCUGGAGU